AUGCAUCCCAAUUUCCAAGUUUACCAUCAGCAAAACCUUCUGUUCCUACAAAUAGAUUUAAUGACUACCGCAAAACCACAACAAACUGGUAAAAGAGACUAUGUAGCACCGCAAAUAUCCACCAAAAACCCAGCGACGACGGUAACUACACCCAAGACACAUCCAAGCACAGCGGUUACCCAAAAUCCAUCCAGACGAGAUUAUGUAGCGCCGCAAUAUCCUACGACCAAACCAGCCACAACCCAAAAACAGAAGUUCAAUACACCUACUGUGGUAACUCAAAAAACGCCUUCACCAAAAAGGGAUUAUGUUGCUCCAAGUCCCACCCAAAGACAAUCGUCAAACACCUGGAAAGGAGGAAAAGGAACACAGUCCACAGCAUCAACAAAUCCCACGCCAAAGCCUAUAAGUUUUAGUUCCGUAGUCUCAGGAUCGAAGAAACCUAGUACUCUACCAUCGAGUUCCUCCUCAUUAACGCCGACUAGCCCAUCUAAACUAGCGCUGAAUAAUUUACCUACAAAUUUAGUUUUACCCAGCUCGCUAGCUAACAACCAAGGCACUAAUACGAAUGGCCUAACAGAUGUGGAGCUACAAAAUGUUAGCGAGGAAUUAUUACGAAAAGAUGUAAAUAAUGCAGCCAAGUACAUAACGAUUUCGUAUCAGGAGAAAACCACGGCCAUGUCAAAAGAUGAUAAAUCCCCGUUGCCAUUACUCACCAUAACACCUGACGCAUGGAAAAUACCGACGAUAGAGAAAUUUAUACCGCUAUUGGAUAAUUACGAAAGAGAUACCCUUGUCAACGAAUACGUCACACCACAGGAAAGAAACGAAGAAAACGCUUUUAUGGAUGCUAUUAUGACCACGAGUGUUAUUCGGCACCUAAUGACUUUUUUGAAGGACAAAGGUUACGUUUCACCGGAUCCGAAGCUGCAAAGAGAUUUUCUAAAACAAAUAUGGUUUGGAUUAUAUUCAAGAGGUAAAGGUAAAAUCAGCAGUUCAGGAUUCGAACAUAUUUUUGUUUCUGAACUGAAAAAUGGAGAAGUGUCAGGACUCCACAAUUGGAUAUACUUUUCAAGAGAGGAAUUGGCUAACCGUGUCAAUUAUCUAGGUUACUUGAAAAAUCUUCAAUUAAGUGAUAAGGGAGCCAUUAUCAAAAUGCAUUUCAAUCAACAAGGGGUCGAUAAACCCGUGGAUACAAUGUUCAUUGGUACUUCGCCUGAAUUAGAAAUGGCGUUGUAUACUCUGUGCUUCGUCACACGAGUCGAUAAAGAUUGCAAUCUUAAAUUGGGAACAAAAGAUGUGAAUAUAGUAACUCAUAACUACAGAUAUCGUAGUAAGAAUUACAUUGGAAGUGCUUACCCUCAAAUAUAA